AUGGCUCGCCGCCGCAGACCCCCUCGCGCCGGCGCCCUCACCGAACUCCCGCCCCUCAAAAUCGCCUCCCAGAUCGCCAUCCUCCAGGCCCUCUACUACUUCGCCGCCCUCGUCCUCAUGCUCUUCACCACCCUGGUCGCCGGCAUGCCGUUUGGCUUCGACCUGAUUCUCGGCUGGGACCGCGUGCGUGGCGACACGACCCAAGGAUGGCUCAUGGCAUUUGUAUGGCUCCUCAACGGAGGACUCUGCAUGUCCGUCGCCAUGGUCAUCCUCGUCGCGCGCAGCAAACUCGUCCCCGACUUCGCCCUCACAAUCCACUUCCUCCACCUCCUCUUCACAUGCCUCUACACGCGCUCCCUCCCCCACAACUCCAUGUGGUGGUUCACCAUGCUCGCCUCCUCCGCCACCGCCGUCGGCCUGGGCAUGUGGGGAUGCCGCUACCGCGAGCUCCAGCCCGUCUUCUUCCUCGGCGGCAGGAUCCUCGGCUCUGGCACGUCCGGCCCUUCCUCAAACAGGGGCGCCGGCGCAAGAGACGACGCUUUGCACCCAGACGUGGAAGAUGGCAUGGGCGGAUCAAGUACGGUCAGAGAGUAUGAAAUGAACCAGAUAAAGACUUCAACAUAG